AGCCUUUGCCCGGGCACCGGUGACUCAGUGUUUGCGGGAGCGCCGCAGCCACUCCAGCCAACCCGGAUCCCAGAUCUGACAGCGCCCAGCCCAGCUCUCCACGUCUGCCAGGAGCGAGCCGGCCGGUGCGCUCCAACCCCGAGCCGUCUCUAUCCUUCCGCCGGAGCCCCGUGCCCUUCCCGGGACCCCUGCCCUGCGGGCAGCGCUGCCACCCUGCCGGCCAUGGAGACCCCGUCCCAGCGGCGCGCCACCCGUAGCGGGGCGCAGGCCAGCUCCACGCCUCUGUCGCCCACCCGAAUCACCCGGCUGCAGGAGAAGGAGGACCUGCAGGAGCUCAACGACCGGUUGGCGGUCUACAUCGACCGUGUGCGCUCGCUGGAGACGGAGAACGCGGGUCUGCGCCUUCGCAUCACCGAGUCCGAGGAGGUGGUCAGCCGCGAGGUGUCCGGCAUCAAGGCCGCCUAUGAGGCCGAGCUCGGCGAUGCCCGCAAAACCCUCGACUCGGUGGCCAAGGAGCGCGCCCGCCUGCAGCUGGAGCUGAGCAAAGUGCGGGAAGAGUUUAAGGAGCUCAAAGCGCGCAACAGCAAAAAGGAGGGAGACCUGAUGGCCGCCCAGGCCCGCCUCAAGGACCUGGAGGCUCUGCUCAACUCCAAGGAGGCUGCGCUGAGCACUGCUCUGAGCGAGAAGCGCACGCUGGAGAGCGAGCUGCACGACCUGCGGGGGCAAGUGGCCAAGCUCGAGGCAGCCCUGGGUGAGGCCAAGAAGCAACUUCAGGAUGAGAUGCUGCGGCGGGUGGAUGCUGAGAACAGGCUGCAGACCCUGAAGGAGGAGCUGGACUUCCAGAAGAACAUCUACAGCGAGGAGCUGCGCGAGACCAAGCGCCGCCACGAGACCCGGCUGGUGGAGAUCGAUAACGGGAAGCAGCGGGAGUUUGAGAGCCGGCUGUCAGAUGCCCUGCAGGACCUGCGGGCCCAACAUGAGGAGCAGGUGGAGCAGUACAAGAAGGAGCUGGAGAAGACCUAUUCUGCGAAGCUGGAUAACGCCAGGCAGUCAGCCGAGAGGAACAGCAACCUGAUGGGGGCCGCCCACGAGGAGCUGCAGCAGUCCCGCAUCCGCAUCGACAGCCUCUCAGCCCAGCUCAGCCAGCUGCAGAAGCAGCUGGCAGCCAAGGAGGCGAAGCUGCGGGACCUGGAGGAUUCACUGUCCCGGGAGCGGGACACCAGCCGCCGGCUGCUGGCCGAGAAGGAGCGCGAGAUGGCAGAGAUGCGGGCGAGGAUGCAGCAGCAACUGGACGAGUACCAGGAGCUGCUGGACAUCAAGCUGGCGCUGGACAUGGAGAUCCACGCCUACCGCAAGCUCCUGGAGGGCGAGGAGGAGAGGCUACGCCUGUCCCCCAGCCCCACCUCGCAGCGCAGCCGGGGCCGUGCCUCCUCUCACUCGUCCCAGACACAGGGUGGGGGCAGCAUCACCAAGAAGCGCAAGCUGGAGUCGGCUGAGAGCCGCAGCAGCUUCUCGCAGCACGCUCGCACCAGCGGGCGCGUGGCCGUGGAGGAGGUGGACGAGGAAGGCAAGUUCGUGCGGCUGCGCAACAAGUCUAAUGAGGACCAGUCCCUGGGCAACUGGCAGAUCAAGCGCCAGAAUGGAGAUGAUCCCUUGCUGACCUACCGCUUCCCACCGAAGUUCACCCUGAAGGCUGGGCAGGUGGUGACGAUCUGGGCUGCAGGAGCAGGGGCCACCCAUAGCCCCCCGACCGACUUGGUGUGGAAGGCGCAGAAUACCUGGGGCUGUGGGAACAGCCUGCGCACGGCACUCAUCAACUCCAACGGGGAGGAGGUCGCCAUGCGCAAGCUGGUGCGCUCAGUGACUGUGGUUGAUGACGAUGACGAUGAGGACGGGGAUGACAUGCUCCAUCACCACCACGGAACCCACUGCAGCAGCUCGGGGGACCCGGCUGAGUACAACCUGCGCUCGCGCACUGUGCUGUGCGGGACUUGCGGGCAGCCUGCCGAUAAGGCGCCUGGCAGCGGCUCAGGAGCCCAGGUGGGCGGAUCCGUCUCCUCUGGCUCUUCUGCCUCCAGCGUCACGGUCACUCGCAGCUACCGCAGUGUGGGGGGCAGUGGGGGUGGCGGCUUCGGGGACAACCUGGUCGGCCGCUCCUACCUCCUGGGCAACUCCAGUCCCCGGACCCAGGCUGCCCAGAACUGCAGCAUCAUGUAAUCUGGGACCUGCCAGGCCGAGGCGGGGACGCAGGCCUCCUGCUUCCUCCUCACCUCGUGCCCACCCCAUCCCUGCACCUCAUGGGCGGGGCCUUGAAGCCAAAGAAAAAUACCCCUUGGGUUUUUUUCUUCUUCUGUGUUUUGUUUUUUUUCUAAGAGAAGCUAUUUUCUACAGUGGUUUUAUACUGAAGGAAGAACACAACCAAAAAAAAAAUAUAUAUAUAGCAUUUAUCUCAGUUUGCCCUGCAUUUUCCCAGCUUUCAGGAAACUCCAUUAUCUGCCUUAAAACCAAAGAAGGCUCCUCCAGGAGCCAGGGGAGAGGGGUGCUUUUACAGAGCCGAGUUUCUGCUUUCCUGCCUGCCUGCAGCCCCCACCCCGGGGCCCCGGGAACAUGGAGCCUGAGAGGCAGCUGUGCAAUCUUCUGUGCCAUCUUCCCAGGCCCUGGGCUGGCUCCCAUCCUCCAGUUACCUGGCUGAGUCCCACGCCCGCCCCCAGCCCCAGGUGACUUGAUUCUCCCAAGUCCCAGCUGCGCUUGCUUUUUUGUAUUUUAUGAGACAAGAGAUGGGAAUGAGGUGAGCGGUCAAGGAAGGGGGAAGAGGGGUAGUUUGAGCCUGCUUCCACCCAGCUUUAGAGUCGGGGUGGGGUCUGCUGGUCACUGGAGGUCAAGGUCAAGUGGGUGCAAGGAGAAGGGAAAGGGAGGCUCCCUAGAAAAGGCGAGAGCCUGUGGGCCCCACCCAGAGGAGGACGGUGAGAAGGGGUGGAGGGUGCGGCAGUCAUUUUUGGCAAACACUAAAGAUCCCCUUGGCUCCCCAUCCCCCAUCUGCACCCCUUCUCUUCUCCUCAAAUCAAUACACUAGUUGUUUCUA